CAGUCUCCAGAGCCAGAGCCACAGAGGCCGGUCGACACAGGUCCAUCAGCAGCUACCAGCAGCGCCACCACCAUGCGGGAGAUCGUGCACCUGCAAGCCGGGCAAUGCGGCAACCAGAUCGGGGCCAAGUUCUGGGAAGUUAUCAGUGAUGAACACGGCAUUGACCCCACCGGGACCUAUCAUGGGGAUAGUGACCUCCAGUUGGAAAGAAUCAAUGUCUACUACAACGAGGCCACAGGUGGAAAUUAUGUUCCCAGAGCCGUGCUGGUUGACCUGGAACCUGGCACCAUGGACUCCGUCCGCUCUGGCCCUUUUGGCCAGAUCUUCAGGCCAGACAACUUUGUGUUUGGUCAAUCCGGAGCCGGCAACAACUGGGCCAAGGGUCACUACACCGAGGGCGCGGAGUUAGUGGACGCGGUCCUGGACGUGGUGCGGAAAGAAGCGGAAAGCUGCGACUGCCUGCAGGGCUUCCAGCUGACACACUCUCUGGGUGGUGGCACCGGCUCGGGCAUGGGGACCCUGCUCAUCAGCAAGAUCCGGGAGGAGUUCCCAGACAGGAUCAUGAACACAUUCAGCGUGGUGCCAUCGCCCAAGGUGUCUGACACGGUGGUGGAGCCCUACAACGCCACACUGUCGGUGCACCAGCUGGUGGAGAACACCGACGAGACCUACUGCAUCGACAACGAGGCCCUGUACGACAUCUGCUUCCGCACGCUCAAGCUCACCACCCCCACCUACGGGGACCUCAACCACCUGGUGUCAGCCACCAUGAGCGGGGUGACCACCUGCCUGCGCUUCCCGGGCCAGCUCAAUGCUGAUCUUCGAAAGCUGGCGGUGAACAUGGUACCAUUCCCUCGUCUCCACUUCUUCAUGCCGGGAUUCGCACCCUUGACCAGCCGGGGCAGCCAGCAGUACCGGGCGCUCACCGUUCCUGAGCUGACACAGCAGAUGUUCGACGCUAAGAACAUGAUGGCUGCGUGCGACCCGAGACACGGCCGAUACCUGACCGUAGCUGCUGUCUUCCGGGGACGUAUGUCCAUGAAGGAGGUAGACGAGCAGAUGCUAAGUGUGCAGAGCAAAAACAGCAGCUACUUCGUGGAGUGGAUCCCCAACAACGUCAAGACAGCCGUGUGUGACAUCCCACCCCGGGGCCUGAAGAUGGCAGCCACCUUCAUCGGCAACAGCACCGCCAUCCAGGAGCUAUUCAAGCGCAUCUCUGAGCAGUUCACAGCCAUGUUCAGACGCAAGGCCUUCCUGCACUGGUACACGGGCGAAGGCAUGGACGAGAUGGAGUUUACGGAAGCAGAGAGCAACAUGAACGACCUGGUCUCCGAGUACCAGCAGUACCAGGAUGCCACUGCCGAGGAGGGCGAGUUCGAGGAGGAGGCCGAAGAGGAGGUGGCCUAAGCCUCCUGCCAUCACUCUGCCCCUGCGGCACACCAGCAAAGCUCUGACCCUGAACACCCCGUCUCCACCCCAAGCUGCCCCAUCCCCUCAGACACCAUGAGCAUCUUCAUUAUGGCCCCACUAGCACCGUCCAAGCCUAGAACGCUGCUGCUUCUACUUGCUUCACCUUUAACCCCUGAACCCACUU